CAAUCACGAGUUUUGUCACCGGCGAAGUGAUGGAUGUCAUUAGUGACAUGUGUUAUUUAUUACGCAAAUAUUUCAAAAAGUUUCAGUUUUUGUGCUUUAGACUUCAACACAUUGUGUUCUAAUUUUUUUCAAUACGUACUAACCUUUUGUAGUUUUUUAAAAUUAUCUACAAAUCCAGAAAUGGAUUGUUUAGUGGCUUAUUACACCGAGAGGUUUAAAACAGUUGAUGGCAACGUGUUUGAAGAGUUUGCCAAGUUUUAUGAAUCUGAUUUGGCACGGGUUCAUUCAUGGUUAGAAAGUCAGUUUAAGAAAAAAACGGUGAAGAAUAAUGCUGUUUCGGCGUUACAUAGGCGAGAAGGGAAUAAUUUUUAUGCUGAGAAGAAUCUAAUUAAGAGUUUUGAUUGUUAUACAAAGAGUUUACGUUUUGCCAUACCAUACAGUAAAGAGUAUGGACUAGCUUUGGCCAAUAGAUCUGCCGUUUCAUUUGAAUUGAAAGAAUACCACAACUGUCUUAAAGAUAUUGAGUUGUGUUUCAAGAGUGAUUAUCCAACAGAUCUGAAACCAAAAGUUUACGUUAGGAAGACCGAAUGUUACUAUGAGCUGAAUCAAAAAGAGGCUUUGAAUCAGUGCAUUUCUGAGGUGCUGCAUUUUCUGGAGACUGAAAACGUUGUGGAAAAAGAUAAGUUUGUCACGAGGUUAAACCACAUUAAGAAAUUAAAAAAUGCAAAACCAAAAACUGACAGUGGUCAAGAGUGCCUUCACGAAAUCCCGGUAUUUCCCGAUGGAGAAAACAAAUGUUUGGCCUAUGCUUCCACUAAAGUAAAAAUGAGUUACAAUAAAGACAAAGGACGUCACAUUAUUGCUAGUACAAACAUCCAACGAGGCGACCUCCUCUUUAUAGAAAAAGCGUUUGUUUUCGCUCCAGUUUUCAAAGAAAACAAGGAAUUCUACUCGUUCAAGUGUUACAACUGUCUUAGCGAUAUUGUAAGCGGUGUGCCUUGCAACACAUGCACCGUUUGUGUUUACUGCGACGAAAAAUGUCGCGAUCAAAAUUGGACAAAGUGCCAUCGGUGGGAAUGCGAUGGAAUGCAAGCCAACAUUUGGUUUGAUUUAGGAAUCGCGCUUCCAGCGUUUAAAGUAGUGUUAGAAGGGGCUUUAUCAGGGUUUCAAACACUGGAAGGUGGCUUUGAAGACGAUGUGAAACAUUUCGGUGAUAAAGAAAACAACUAUCGGUACUUCAACCGCCUGCUUUCCAACAUCCACAAGAACAAAAACCUGGCCCCUUAUAUAAUUAUGGCCAGUGUUGUGACUACGUAUUUGCAAAAAUACACCGAUUUUUUCACCUGGUUUUUGACACAACCCAGCUGUCCAAAGGAGGGUUUAAAUGAGUUGGUGAAACUCGUCGGGGGUUUUAUUACAAAACACAUCGCUCAGCUUGCGUGCAAUUCGAGCACGAUCGAACAGUGGACGUGCUCUUCGUCGGAUUUGCUUUUCCCGGAUGUUCUCAUAACGAUAGCUUCUGGGAUUUUUCCGUCAGUUAGUAUAAUGAACCAUUCGUGUCGGCCAAAUGUUACGAAUUAUUUCAUGAGUGAUACUAUUGUUGUUAAAGCGCUCGAGGAUAUCGCUCAAAAUGAGGAAAUUUUCAAUUGUUACGGAAUCGAUUAUCGGGGGAUGGAGAGGGAGCAAAGACAGUACGCUUGCAAGGAGUUGUACCAUUUCGAAUGUAAAUGUGUCAUUUGCUCGGAUCCUGCACACGAACUGGACAUGCUGGACAGCUAUUUGUGCCCGAAAUGCAAAGGACUGGUCCCAGAAAUUAAGAACACAAUUUUGAGUUUUUGCGUUAACUGUGGCGAAAAAUACCAUUUGAAACCGUUUAGGAAAAUCAAUUAUGAGGCCCAAAAAUACAUGGAAAGCGAUUCUUCUAAUCAGUUAGAACUUUUAAUAAAGAGUUUAAAAAUCAGAGAAAAAAUUCUCUAUAAACAUCACAAAGAUUUCGAGGAAGUUUACUACCGAUUGUAUAGUUUUUACGUAAAGCUUGGAGACGCUGAAAAUAUGUUCAAAUAUUUCCACUUAUGGCUAGAGAAUGAGAAAGCGCGUCGGGGUUGCAACUCAAGGGUUGUAGGGACAAAGUUGUACGAAGCUGCGCUUGCAAUCCUUCAUUGUUUGAAGGGGGGACAGCAAAAAAAUUGCACAAAUCUCAAGGAUUUUCUACAAAACGUCGAAUAUAUGAUUAAAGAAGCCAAAGCCAUCCUGAAUUUAUAUUACCCAGCGUUCAUCACAAACAGGCUGAAUAAGAAAAUACAAUUUAUUUCGACGAAAUAAAAAAAAUGUGUUACUA